AUGAAAAUCCUCCCAUCCAGCGAUAAGCCUGGAUUGAGCAAAGACGCUAAGAUAAUAUUCGAUAUGGUUCAAAAUUUGCGAAAGGGCUCUGAAAAAUUGCGUGGAAAAAUUGACACAUACUCGGAGAUUCUAGGGGUCAAAGAAUUGCGAAAUGGCUCCGAGAGUUUAGACCGAAAAAUUAAUGUUAUACGCACAGAUGCUGGAAUGUUGUUUGAUAAGGUCAAGGAACUGAGAAACGACCCCGGAAAAAUCGAGGAAGCAAUCGAGAUUAUACUCGGACUACUUGAAGAUAGCACUUUAUUGAAAUUUGCUUUGAUUCAUUGGGAAUUGCUACCGCCCAUCCCGCCGGGGACUGAGCUGUUGGAGGAUGAUGUUGUUCAACUGGUCUCCUUUCUUAAACACCCUAAAUAUGCGGUAUUGCGUGAAGUUAAGAUAUUAUACGAAAGAAGAAUGGGGGGAGAUUAUCCGUGA